AUGGGAGCGCAGCCUUUUUUGCCUUUUUUCACACGGUGCACGUCUCCCCUUCUGCACCACCUCGUAAUUCGCGAAGAUUUUGCGAUGUGGAAACGCCCAUCAUCUGAAAUUAAUUGGCCACCUGUCUCGCCAGAUCGUUCAAUUGGUGUACUCCGUACUAGUGAGCUCUUUUUUCCUCAUUUCCUGACGCUGCUUGCAGAUCGGUUCCAGCACCUCCGCGUGACCGAUAGGUCGCCGACGAAGCCGCCCCUGGCGCUGCCCCAACUGAGCCACAAGCAGUACGCGGACAGCUACAGAGACGACGCCGUAGAGGAUCGGGAGGACGACGAGCUGGGGUACUCGUACCACCACCGCCGGACGGCGUCGUCGGGCCGGCUCGUCGCCGCGCGAGUCGACAAGGCCGCCGUCUCGGCGCGCACCACCAGCCGGGCCCGCCCCGUGGAGCUCCCCGUCGAGGAGACCUCGCCGCCGUCCUCGACCUCCUCGGACAAGCCGCCGCUGCCGCAGCAGCAGACGGGGCGGCGGGCCUCCGACCUGCUGCAGGAGCCCGUCGAGCCGACCCGUCCCGGGUCAAUGCUGCUGCAGCUCAUCGCGUGCGGAUCGACGGUGUCGGCCGCGGCAGGCGGCGGCGGUGGCUCGGGCAAGUGCCGCGCCGAGCCGAGGCGGAGCUGCGGCCUGGUGAGCCGGCUCACGGCCCGCGGCGGCGCGGACGAGGACGAGGACGACGAGGAGGAUGAGGCGGCGGCGGCGGCGGCGGCGGGGACCGACCUGGGCCGCCGGUUCGGCCACCUCGCCGUGGAGAACAAGGAGUACUUCAGCGGCAGCAUCGUGGAGGGCGCCGGCGGCGGGGACACGGCGUCGUAG